UGAGGUCUAGUCCUGCGGGAUCUGAGGUCCGGGAUCCCCCUAGCGGGGUCUGAGACCCCGAUUCCCUUCACCCCCCUCCCACCCCCCCCCCCCCCACUCAAGAUCUGAGGUAUCGCCCUACUGGAGUCUGAGACCCGGUUCCCCUUCGCCCUCCAAGCCCCCGCAGGAUCUGAGGUCCAGGAUUCCCCCCGAUAGGAUGUGAGGCCCGGGGUUCCCCCCACCCCACCGCGGGAUCCGAGGCCCGGGGUCUCUAGAGGUGCCCCUGGCCCCACGAGCUCUCGCGCACGCGGAGGAGUAGAGGCCUGGCUCCCCGAACCGGAACUCCGUGCGCCGACUACAGGGCGGCACACGAGGAGUCGGUGCGCGCGGGGGAGGGUGAGACUUCGCUGUAGGAGAUUCUGAGCAGUUAUCUCUCGGAAGUCCCAUCCGGCCUGCGACCUAGGACUGUGCCUCCUAAGCGUCCGCCGCUCCCUGGUGCGCCAGAUGUGGCUCCGGGAAGCUUCCAAGUGUCCUUACGGAGACAGAAGGGUUUGAUUCGGGGAUUUUGGGGGACACCCGUCCUCGUAAUUUCCGAGAGGACCGAAAGACUCGCAGAGGGGGACGCUGACCAGCGUUAUUAGGCUGCUGGACGAAUCCGAGUCUGGGCGCUGGAAAAGCCCCUCGGUCUCCUUUAACGCGAGCUGGGACUUUACCAACGCUCCUCCUCCCCGGGCUGUUUAGAAAACGCGGAUUAGCAGAUUUCCUCAGAGCCGGAGGGGAGGGGCGCGCGUCAGUCCUGCGCAUGCUCAGUGCCACCCGCUCUUGGCUAGCGCGGCCUGGGACGGUGCAGCGGGUUCGCGUGUUGCGGGUCUCUCAUGGAGGCUCCCGGGACGCCAGGCGGCGGGGUCUUGAAAGAUGUAGUGGCCUAUGUUGAAGUCUGGUCAGUAAACGGAACAGAAAAUUAUUCAAAGACAUUUACAAACCAACUUGUGGACAUGGGAGCAAAGGUUUCAAAAACUUUUAACAAACAAGUAACUCAUGUGGUGUUCAAAGAUGGAUACCAGAGCACUUGGGACAAAGCGCAGAAGAGAGGGGUGAAGCUUGUCUCGGUGCUCUGGGUCGAAAAAUGCAGGACAGCUGGAGUACAUAUUGAUGAAUCACUCUUCCCUGCAGCUAACACCAGGGAACACUUACCAAGCCUAAUUAAAAAAAAACGUAAGUGUAUGCAGCCCAAAGAUUUUAUUCCUAAAACGCCAGAACAUGAUAAAAGACUCCAGAAGAAAUUUCAGAAAAUGGCUACAGAGCUCCAGAGGCAAAAAACAACUCUGGAUAAUGAUGUCCCUGUUCUCUUAUUUGAAUCUAAUGGCUCAUUGGUGUACAGUCCCACAAUUAAAAUGUGCAGCGGCCAGCACAACACCAUGCAGAAGAGGUUACAGCAGAUGAAGGAGAAAAGGGAGAACCUGUCACCUACCUCUUCCCAGCUGCUUGAGAAGUCUCACGAUGAGCCAUUUAAGUCCCCGUGUGAAGCUUGGAACAUUUCACGUGAUACUUUGUGUUCAGAUGAAUCCUUUGCUGGUGCUCUGGACUCAUCUUUUGACAAUCUUUCUGGAAACUCAGGGUGUGGAAGUCAGGAGAGGAGAGUGGGAGAAGUCGCUGAUGAAAGUAGAAGUGGUGUGUGUGUUUCUUCACCUGCACUGAAGACCGGUAGUGUUCAUUCGUCGGCACCUGCUGGUCCUUCAGCUUCCCUAAAGACCGGUAGUGUUCAUUCAUCGGCACCUGCUGGUCCUUCAGCUUCCCUGAAGACCGGUAGUGUUCAUUCGUCGGUGCCUGCUGGUCCUUCAGCUUCCGUAAAGACCGGUAGUGUUCAUUCAUUGGCACCUGCUGGUCCUUCAGCUUCCCUGAAGACCGGUAGUGUUCAUUCGUCAGCACCUGCUGGUCACCUCAGCCAGUUAACUCCUCAGAAUCCCUCGGGCCGUCUUUCAGAACAAGAAGUAAGUCGGCAGAGGGAUCCUGCGGGUGAAGCGGUCACCCCCGACACAUGGUCCGGGGGAGCACCCAGGGAGGUGUUUGGCAUGAAACACGGUCUGCCCCCUACGUUAUCUGCGACAGAACGCCACCCUUGGGGACAUUCACGAUCUGAGAGCUCCUCGGCGAAGAGAAGAAGAAAGUCUGAGAUCUCAGAUUGGUCCCCGACAGGAAGACUAAAGAAGAGGUGCCGUGGGAAACCCGGCGUGUCACAGGAGUGGCUCCUCGCGUCGGGGGACCGCCUGCACUUUGGGCCCGGGGCUGCUGCCCAGGCUCCUGGCUGCGGCGUGUCCUCGUACGACGAUUACUUUUCACCUGACAACCUCAAAGAGAGGAGCUCGGACGGUCUUCUCCCCGGGUGUCAGUCGUCAGCGGGCCCUGCUCUCUUCGUCUGCAGAGGCCUCUCUCGGGGGGAGAGAAGGAACAUACUGCAGACGUCUGACUUCUCCUGCAUUGGGAAGAAUCCCGGCCCAGUCCCCACGAGCGAUUUAACGGCACAGAGUCGCCGCAGUCUUGAGAAACCCACACGUGACAAAGCAAACGCAGCGUGGGCUUGCCUGGCCGCUGAGGAAACCGCAGGGAGUCGUCCGCAGGCUGGUGCUCAGAGAGGGGAGGGUACGCGCCCAGAUGGCGCAGACUCUCCGGUCCACGACGCACUGCCUGCUGCGGACGGGCUUGGCGGGAAAGGACCUGACGGGGACUCACGUCCCCUGGAAGGGGGCAGCGCGGAAGCCAGAGAGCUGAUGGGCGCGGGGAGCGUGCAGAAAGAAGACCGCCCUCGGACGAAGUGGGAGUCCAGCGGUGGAACGCAGCCUGACGACCGGCUGGGUUUUGCAGGCGACUGCAUCGCGGACACCUCCGCCCAACAGAGGGAAGAUGUGUCCAGAGGAUGCAGUGAAAGUGUUAAAAACGGACCAGCAAGGCCUGAUGUGUUAGAUGGCUCAUUGGAGGGCUGUCAGGAUCUCGCCAGACCUCAUGAGAAAUCAAAGAAAAUAGGGAGAGGCCAAAAGCCAACAAGAACAUUAGUCAUGACAAGCAUGCCAUCUGAAACACAGAACAUCGUCAUCCAGGUUGUGAACACAUUGAAGGGCUUUUCACUUGCCCAGGAAGUGUGUGAAACUACUACCCAUGUGCUCGCCGGCAAGCCUCUGCGCACUCUGAAUGUGCUGCUGGGAAUUGCCCGUGGCUGCUGGGUUCUCUCUUAUGAGUGGGUACUGUGGUCUUUGGAGCUGGGUCAUUGGAUUUCCGAGGAGCCAUUUGAACUUUCUAACUACUUCCCCGCAGCUCCUUGCCACAGACCAGAGCCUGGCGUGACGGAGGGUACGGCUAAGACGGCGUGGCGUCUGUUCCACGGCGCGUGGGAUCAUGGCGUGAAGCCCAAGCAUCACCACUUUUCUGCGGUGGGAACCUUGAACCUGCACACGUCCUGCUGCAGACGAGAGCUGCCUUGGGAGCAGCCCUUCUGGGAAUGACCGUGUGCGUGACAUUGGACGAAGGGUGUGGCUGGAGGCCAGAAAUGGGGAGCACCAUCCACGGGAGGCACGAGCCUGACAGGGUUGCAGCAGCUAAAGCAGCUCAGAACUUCACUUUCCGCGUCAGCAAACGCUGUCCACACAUUAGACAUUCGGCAGACUUGUGCCCUGGUCUAGUUCUUGGCAUAUUUUGUUCUCAGCUCAGGAGGGGCUAGAGACACUUCCGAGAGGCAGAGAGGGAGUAUAAAACUAUUCUUGAGAGGCUUCUUUAUGAAAUGAACGGAAUUAUCAGUGAUUACAAAUGGGAGCUGUUGAAAUUCCGUUCUGGGCACAAGAUGGAUGCAUUUCUUGCUACCCUAUACUGGAGGUUUCUUUGUGUUCUUGCCUCUCUCAAAACUAAGGUGCACUGAGAGAAAAGACAAAGUGAGCACAUGUUUCAUUGUCUUUCUUUGGCAGCUAUCUGCCUUUCAAACUACCUUUGAAACGUGUGUAUUCACAGACAUGCGUAUUUAUAAACACGCGUAUGUCCUCAUGUG